AGACUUGACGGUGAGAACGCGUCUAACGGUUAAGCAUGCCCGCCACGAAAUCCAAAAAAGGGAGAAAUAGUCGGAAUUUGCCAGCCGAAUGUUAGCCGAGCACCGGAUCGUAAUAUCUGUGAGUGCAUCUCACGAAACGGCACUUACCGCCACCUAGCUGUGUGACAUGUGUCGACACUCUACACCCGGCCAGUGCCUUCUAUUUCUCUUUGGGUAUUCUCACCAUCCAAAAGUUUCUCGUCGUCGCUGAAGGAUCCCAAAUGUCGUCCUCAGCAGGUUCAUCGAGCGUAGAGGCCAGCACGACUGUUGCCGAUACGACGACGACGACGACCCCCGCUCCGUCGACCUCAUCUUCUGUCCAGACAACCCAGCAGUCGACGAGUUCGACGGAGACGACCAUUUCCACGACCAGCACGACCAGCAGCAGUUUUACUCCCCCACCUACAGACUCGUCAUCGUCUAGUAGUGGCACUGCUGCAUCCACGACCUCCAUUCCGCCUGAUACCACGACAAGCGCGACAUCGGCACCUCCCACUGACACCACGAGCAGUAGUACCGAUACGGGGUCAGGAGGAGGACCGGGUCAAGGACAAAGUCAGAGUCAAAGCCAGAGUUCUAAUGGCAAUACUCAGCAGCAUACAUCUUAUAUCGCUACGACACUUGUUAUCACGCAAUCCAAUGGCCAGCAGGUGACUGCGACCACGUCCAUCGUGGCACCUUCCUCCUCUUCCUCCUCUGCCUCCUCUUCAUCUUCCUCAUCACACACGGGCGCCAUAGUGGGCGGGACCAUCGGUGGUAUCGCGGGCCUCGCUGUGGUUCUCGCUCUUCUCUUGUUCCUCUACAAACGCCGGCAGAAUGACCUCUUCACAGAGAAAUUUGACGGGAACUUUGACCCCGACAGGAUUGUCGCCCGGACGCCUGAUAUGGGGCUGAACCUGGACGAUGAGCAUGAUCAAGAUGACGGAAUGGGUGGACGGCUCGGAGGAGCAGAAAUCGGUGCUGGAGUUGUUUCGCCGUUCCCCAUCAGCACGAGCACGAACAGCCAGGGAAGUAAUUACGCAAAUUAUUACAACGGCUCGCCUGCAUCUCCACCGCCAAUGUCGCAGUACUCUGGAGACUCUUAUCCUCCUUCAGCGUACAAUCCUUAUGCCAUGGUUCCCAGUUCUCCACCAGGCUCACCAGUAUCACACACUCCUCCUCCUUCGUCCAGCGGUGUCGGUGGAGGAAUGUCUGCAAAGGAGCGCGAGGCGAGGCAACACCAGCUGGGCAUCGUCAAUCCUGACGACCGCUCAGCCUACCUCGUCAAUGGCCCCGGUCCGAGUGGGGUUAUCCAACAUCAGGAUGCAGGCCCAAGCGAGAUUCCGCCGUCGUACGAUAGCUUACUACCGGGGCCGUCUAGAACGGGGACACCUCAGGGAGGCAAUAGCUCGUAGAGGGGCGGUAGAUGAGACGAAGGACUCUUUGAUUGACUGAUUACUUACUAACGGACGCUGUGUUCCCGAUAGACACCAUCUAAUACUUCAUGACCGCACUAUCUUUCGCAUUCCUUCCCUAUCUAAGUACCGCUAUCCAUUACUUAUUACCCCCCCCUCCACAUGCUACGACAAAGCCUACCCAUCCACGCAUCGAUUCCAUUUCUGAUUGUCUGAUUGUACUGUAUACAUGUACCGCUGUACCGAUAGUCGCUCUAUUCUCGCUAUGCAGUCUUGCAUGUAGUGCAAUACC